AUGUCAACCAGACCAACGCCCCCAGAGGAUGAAUCCUCGCGAUAUUCCAACACUGAGACUAUUUUCAUUUCCUCAAAUUGCCCAACGGCCACGAAGCUCUGCGGUGUCUGCUCUAAAAUCCCGGCCUGGUUCUGGACCUGGGAAUUUGGGAAAGGAGCGGAGAUUUCUGUCGAGCUACAGCCAUUCAAGGAGAUGCGAGCUGAAGCACAAAAUGGCUGUGGUCUAUGCAAACUUUUGUGCUCAGGGAGUUACCGUGCUGGAUGGAACAAGGUUGUUAUAAGUACCCUCUUUGGAACAGGCAAACUGGUGAAGAAGCGUACAAUUGAGAACGUUGUCUACGGGAUUUCAUGCCAAUUCGAGGAAGCUGAAGCCUCGCUAGGUGAAGUUUAUCCAAUUCCAUCUUCAUGGCGUGGCCGCUCCCUUGCCGCAGCAGAUAAGAACUCAGAUCUCAUACUCAUUCAGGACUGGAUUACCAAUUGCCAACUCAAUCACACAAGCUGCAACAACGUCACAAAGGAUUUCCUACCAACCAGGCUGCUGGAUGUUGAGGCGUUCAACAACGGAAGAUCGCCUAAGCUUGAAGACAACAUCAAACUAGUCCGCUCUGCUUCGGACCAGAUUCAAAAAGGACGAUCCGCGCCCCGGUAUAUUACCUUGAGUCACUGCUGGGGACCGCCAGAGAAACAUCUUUUUACCACCACACGGGCGAGCCUCUCUGUCAGAAUGGAGAGAAUCUCUUUUGCGGAACUCCCUAGAACAUUUCAAGAUGCAGUUGUUCUAACAAGAAAGUUAGGACAACGGUAUCUUUGGAUUGAUUCUCUGUGUAUAAUCCAGGAUGAAGAGAAUGAAUGGGCCCGGGAAGCUUCAACGAUGGCGGAUGUAUAUACGCAAUCUUACUGCACGCUCGCCGCUCUCAGCUCUAAGGAUAGUACAGCGGGGCUGCGCAAGAAGACUCAAACGGACCAGAGCAUGUUAAUCGAUAUCAGCGCGAAUGAUGGCCAAAACGAGCCGUUUAAUGUACGUCUUGUAUCCAGUCCAGACGCUUGGAACUCCGAAUAUGACGGCUUGUUUUCUCUAAGAAGGGCAAGUGAGAGUGGUAGUCCCCUCCAGUACCGUGCGUGGGCUCUUCAGGAGAAAGAACUCUCAACUAGAGUCAUUCACUUUGGCUUUCGACAACAGCUCUGGGAGUGCUGUGAGCUCAAAGGAACUACGCAGCUGCCCUGGUAUCAUGCCAUGGACAUAAUAGAGCGAGUACAGUCAAGCCAGGAGAAGGAAUGGGCUAAAAGCCACCCGCAAGACCCCAUCUUAUUUCAUAGGAUGACUGCUAGUUGGCUCAGGUUAUGCGAGGACUAUUCUAUUCGAUCCUUGACCAAGGAGACCGACACGCUAAUUGCUCUUUCUGGCAUUGCGCAAUCUUUCCAGAAAUACUUUCCCAAUGCCAAGUACAUCGCCGGGAUAUGGACCUGCCAUCUACCGCUAGCAUUGCUUUGGAGAUCAUAUCAUAUUCCCAUAGGAAGGGACAGGACAGAUUAUAUUGCCCCCAGUUGGUCCUGGGUUUCACCCGGCUACAGGAUAUGUUAUGAGCAAUUUCUAUUCCCCGUGUUCCCACCCUUCCGGAGAAUGACCAACAAUACACCAGGUCUAGCGGACAGAUGGUUGGACGAACUAGAGGUUGUGGGCAUCAAAGGACAGCCCAAGCACGGCGAUGACUAUGGUGCUCUUAAAGAAGGUGCGGCUUUGGAGCUAAAGGGUGCUCUCCUCUUUGAGCUAGACCCUGAUCUAGACUUUUCAAAUUUUACCAAGUGCGACUGGAUUGUAUAUUUUCGCAAGGAUGGCGUGCCUGCUGGCGGCUUCUCUCCAAAUGCUAUCGGUCCAGUUGAGGGCAAAUUGUUAUGCCUAGGUAUCUUCUGUCACACGAGUGAGGGGGUUACAGGUCUUAUUCUCAGGGAAGACAUUCACGAUGGGAACUCGGUUUAUAGCAGGGUAGGAUAUGUGGCUAAACUGGAUCCUUCAUUGUGGGACGGUUCAAAACGGCGCCAGAUAACCCUGAUCUGA